AUGCUAGCCCCACUGCCGCAGCGUCAACAAUGGAUGCACGAUAUUCUCGUGAUCGUCAGUGGCGAUGAACACGGUAAUUACGCACUGCUUGAUGCUCUCAAAUGCCACUACAACGUCAUUCGUAUCCAACAAGCGUCGGAGACCGUCUUUGAUACCGACAGCUUGAAACUAGACUGCUAG